AUGCCACCUGAGAAGGUCGCGAAGGAAAGAAAAAGAUCAAAGAAGGCAUGCCAACGUUGUAGCGCUCAGAAAGUAAAGUGCUUGGGGGAAAAGCCGCCCUGCAGAGCUUGUGUUCUAUCCAAAAACCAAGAUAAUUGUAUCUUCCCGGUGAAGCCCAGAAAAAUAACUGUACUGGACACCGAUGUCUACCAAAUGGAACAAAAGUUACAGAAACUUCAGUCAGAAUGUUCUCGCUUGAAAGGUCUAGCUGCAGCCGCGACUUGUGAGCCCAGCGAGGAAGCCGAGGAUUUGGACCCCCUUUAUCAUGGCCCAACAAUUUGCACCGACUCACCUGGAAAGUCUUCAGGCUCUAAUGUGGCUGGUAGUCCCUCAUGUCAAAUAUUUAUCGGCAAUCUUCAGUGGCGUAUAUUGGGCGAUGCGACUAAACAAAAAUUCGACGAGAGAGCCACGAAUAAUAAUACCUCUAUGGCUGCCGAGGAGGGCAGGAAUUGUUUGAAGCGUAUACACUUAAAUGACAGGGUAAUUAACACAAAAGAAGCCUUCGAGGCUCCGGUUCUGCCCCUGAAGGCCUACGCGCUUGAAAUGGUCCAUACGGUUUUUAAUUUCUUUGCAAGAGAGUACGGGCUGUUUUCAAAAGCGGGGUUUGAGGCUCGCCUCAAUGAAACCUACAAACAUCCCAAUUCUCAGGAUAGCGACUGGCUUGCUUACCUCAUGAUUACCUUUGCUGUCGGAGAGCAAUAUAUGAAUGAAGCUGGCCUAAAGAAUCAAAUCCCAGGCAUGUGUUACUACAUAUCUGCUCUCAAGUACUUUCAUGAGCCAAUAGAAGAGCCUAACUUAGAUUCCGUGAGAACUUUGAUUUUGAUUGCGUUUUAUUCGCAAGGUCUGAAUAGGAUGAACUCUGUGUAUGCAUAUACCGGCCUUGCCUUAUCCACUGCUGUAGCGCAAGGAAUACACCGGCAAGCUAACAAUCAUCAGUUCCCAAGAGCUGAGCAAGAAGCAAGAAAAAAAAUUUGGUGGACAGCAUUUCUCAUGGACACACUUUGGGCAUCUAGGCUUGGGCUGCCGCCUCAUUUUAAUUCAUGUGACAUAGACAUCGAGCUACCUGACGAAAGUAUGUCUACAGAGGAUGGCUUCGAUCCGAAGUACUUGAUUGCUAACACGCACUUAGCACUUCUUGUCCGUUCCGUUAUGAGGGAAGUUUAUGGUGCAACUCGGGAAAGCUUUGUUGAAAAUGUGUUUUGCAAUCUAAAGCGCUUAGAGAUUUUCAUGGCUAGCCUAAAACCUGAACUCAAGACCUACACUACAGUUGCCAAAGACAACCGAUCAACUGCGAAUUUGCACUUGCGGUACAAUCAACUGAUCAUUUUAACUGUGCGUCCACUCUACUUAUCACUUUUGAAGGAUCCCAAAAAACGAACCGAGGAAAUCGAUCGUGCGAUAAUAAAGUGCACUGAAGCAGCUGCAGCUAAUGUCGGCAUCUUAUGUACUCUUUUCGAGUCCAAAUGCUUCUCAGCGUUUGGUUUUUUGGAGGCACAAUGCUGUUUUUCGUCAAUCUUGAUCCUUAUUAUGGCAGUGUUAGAUGGGCAUUCUUUUUCAGAAUUACCUGUGGCUGUAUCCUUGAACAGCUUCAUGAGCAACAUUGGAAACAUCACAGCGAUUGACAACCACUGCCGAUUGAGAACAUUGAUCGAAGUUCUUCCUCGCUCUCAAAACCACAGUACUACGGCGACCGCAAAGUCAAGUGUCCAGUCCUCCGCGAAGCCAAAUUCGAAAACUACCCCUCCUGCUGAAACAAAUUCUCGCAUUAAAUCUACGGUUACCGAGUUUUCUAACAAAUUUCACGUGCAGGACACUUGCUCAACUGCUACUUGUCAAUCGGGAAAGUGGCCUCUUGAUCCCGAGUUGGAGUUUUUAGGCAAUUUAGAUGAAUGUUCUAACGGAUUCGAGCAACUUACUCCCGAGACCGCAAGCAACAUCUCUUCUAAUCUUGGGAAAUGGGACAGCUUUAUCAGUAAGAGAUCAUAA